AUGCAGCCUCUUCCUUCCAGCCCUUCAGACCAGCUCUUUCCCUCCACUUCCACCCAGGAGCCCUCCGAUGAAGAGCUGGUCAAGGCGGUAGUUGACUUGGAGAAGUCCUCAGACGUACAGGCCCCUCUCUCGCUCCCGCAGCAUCCACCUCCUCCCCCCUCAGCGGUGGCAGCAGCAGCACAGAAGGGGGCUGGUGUCUCUGCCGGGGACGAGCCCACGAAUGAGGAGCUGCUGGAGGCCACACAGGACCACAACGAGCCCCUGCAACCUCCAGCAGCCAUGGAGGUGACGGCCGAGACACCAGCUCCUGCGCCACAUCCUGGAGCUGCCAGUCCCCCGCUACCUGGAGUGCAGGAGUUGACGGAGCCAGCCGUCCUCCCUCCCCCGUCUCCUGCUGGCAGUUCUGAGCUGCUGCCUGCGUCCUGGCGGGCAGUUCUCACUGCGGAGCAGCAGCAGUGGAUCGGCCGGGUGCUGUUUACCAGGAGCAGCAAGGGGAGGUCCCAGCUCAUCAAGGAGCUGAACGUGGUGGAUCUGGCAUCUGCAGCUGACGUGCCCCCAGCCUUUGUGCACCGGUACCAUGACAAAGGCUGGGCUGUACAGAGACCAUCCGGGAGGGUCCUGGACAUCGACGGCUGGUAUCUCAUGGCCACUGAGUACCUAGACGUGCCGUCGUUGUAA